AUGUUGUUAUUAUUAUCCCUUUUUUCAUUAUUAACCAUCUUGGCCUCUAUUUCGGCCAAUGAAAUCAAGACAGAUACAGCAAGUGAGCAGGAUUUUGAAGAGUUGGGUCUUCAUUAUGGAAAGUAUUUAAAGGAGGUUGUUGCAGCACUUGAUAAGGAUCAAAAGUUCACUGAAACAAUAAAAAAUAUGGAUGCCGCUGAUAUUAAAUCAGGUAAAGUGGCCGAACAAUUAAAGCACGUUCAUGAAGAUGUUAGAAAAAAACUAAGCGAACUCAAAUAUUUAGAGAUCAAACGGCUCAGGGAUCUUGCAACUAGAAAAAAUGAGAUGGAACAGUAUGGCGAAACUUAUCAUGGUACAGAUAAAAGAAAAUGGAGAACACUAGGAGCUUCACUAAGCCAGUUACCAGAGCAUCUUGGAUCUCAUGGAACUCAUUUCGAUGCAAACGAUCUCCAUAAGCUGAUGGUAUCAGCUACCAAUGACCUUGAAAAAAUUGAUAAGCAGCGUCAAGAGGAUCUGAAGACUUAUGAGAUGGAAAAAGAGUGGCAAUUUCAGGAGCGUAUCAAGAUGAUGAAUGAAACAGAGAAACAAGAGGCUGUCAAAUUGAGAGAUCAAUUGAAACAGAAGCACGAUGAUCAUCCUAAAGUCCACGAGCCAGGAUCAAAGCAACAUUUUGAAGAUGUUUGGGAAAAGAAAGAUAACUUGCCAAAGGGCGAGUUUAAUCCAAGAACAUUUUUCGCCUUGCAUGAUACCAAUUCUGACAAUUAUUGGGACCAAAGCGAGGUUAGACAAUUGUUAGUCACAGAGAUAAACAAAUUGUACGAUCCAAACAACCCUGAAGACGAUCCAAACGAAAUGGAGGAAGAGUACGAAAGGAUGCGUGAACACAUCUACAAAGAAAUUGAUACUGAUAGAGAUGGAUUAAUUAGUUUACAAGAGUUUCUUGAUUACAGUAAAAAACCUGAAUUCAAAAACGAUCAUGGUUGGGAGGAUGUUAGCAAAAAGGAGGCAUAUACAAAGCAAGAUUAUGAGGAUUAUAUGAAGAAUAGGGAAAAGAUGCUUCGCAACACGCAUGGUCACUAUGACCCAUCUUACUACGCCAAUCAGCCGAAUAAUCUUCAUUUGCCUGAUUGGGGCUACGCUAUGGCCUGCUGGCGCUAA